AUGGGUGCAGCAUUCAGGCUCGCCCAGUACCUUCAUAUGUUGAAAUCGCCGAGCUAUAGUCCCUACCGUGACAGCAGUCGUGUGCUGUCUGGAGGGCUGUAUAUCGCAGGAGCUGUAACCCACCCAACCACCAAAAACAUAUACCUGGUUUUGGUGCCUCUGCCAUCCAGCGUCUCUCAGUGGCUAACAUUAGAAACUGCACUUUUGGCAGAAAUUCACACUGCGAGGAGCAGCAGCUUUUCAUUUCACUCAUCUUGGAUCAUUUUCCAUCCACGCAAUCCUGAGGCACUUUCCCAGCAAAACCCAGUCCAAAACAGAGCAGCAGCACCCCAUUUCCCAUGUCUGAGAACAUUCAUAAUUGGUAACCCGGUAUGCCCCGGCCAGAAGGUACUCUCACUAUUCCACAGCGCUCCAUUAGAGCACUGCCAUCUACAGCUCCUGCAAGUACUACAUGAGUCUCCAGAAUCUGGCGCUGCCUAUUUCUGCACCUGGUUUGACGACCGGCUCGCGAUUGAGGACGGCAAUGCCUCCAGCACAGAAGGAUCCGAUAGCGAGGACAACCCAGAGUACUACACUGAUAGCGGUAGCAGCCCUGACUGGAGAGUAGGGAUACGCGAUGGCUAUGGUGUAUACAUGCCAGAUCCAGGCAGGAUACUGGCCUAUUCUUUCCCCUGGAUUGGUGUUUCAUGGCCUGCGCCAGAAACAGCAGACACCCAGCCAGCCAGCAGCAUAUUGGAGCAGCCUGAUAUUGGGACUGGAGGAGAUGGUGCAAGGGAGACAAUCAUUGAGACUGUUCAGCAACUGCCAGGUAUUCGCAAGGCUUCUGUAGUCGACGAGUAUGUACCAGCGGUCCAGAAGGACAUCAGUCUCUUAGGGGCUGCCUAUUGA